UGUGUGUGUGUGUGUGUGUGUGUGUGUGUGUGUGUGUGUGUGUGUGUGUGUGUGUGUGUGUGUGUGUGUGUGUGUGUGUGUGUGUGUGUGUGUGUGUGUGUGUGUGUGUGUGUGUGUGUGUGUGUGUGUGUGUGUGUGUGUGUGUGUGUACGAUCCUGUGUGUGUGUGUGUGUGUGUGUGUGUGUGUGUGUGUGUGUGUGUGUGUGUGUGUGUGUGUGUGUGUGUGUGUGUGUGUGUGUGUGUGUGUGUGUGUGUGUGUGUGUGUGUGUGUGUGUGUGUGUGUGUGUGUGUAUUCAAAUGUAUGUAUGGAAUGUGUGUGUGUGUGUGUGUGUGUGUGUGUGUGUGUGUGUGUGUGUGUGUGUGUGUGUGUGUGUGUGUGUGUGUGUGUGUGUGUGUGUGUGUGUGUGUGUGUCUGUGUGUGUCUCCUUGCUCGGUGUGUGUGUGUGUGUGUGUGUGUGUGUGUGUGUGUGUGUGUGUGUGUGUGUGUGUGUGUGUGUGUGUGUGUGUGUGUGUGUGUGUGUGUGUGUGUGUGUGUGUGUAUUCAGGAGACGUAGUGUCUACUGUAUCUCUCUGUCCUUAUUGGCCCUGCCAUCCUGCAUCCUGGCUCUGAGACUGGCCAGUUCUCUCUGGUGCACCUCCCACUCCUAUGCAGCUCCCUAUAGGUCAGCUGGGCGCAGGCCGUAG